UUUGUGGUGGAAUAAUAUUCAAAGGGGGAACAACUUUACCUCGACACCGUCCUCAUGCGAAAACUCUGAAAAACUUCGGUAGGGAAUCUUUGUCUUUUAAUCAUUAAAUUAGGGAAAUAGCUUAAUUCCUUAUUCUUCUUAAACGGUAUUUACGAAAUUCUUGACAAUCUUGAGAAUAUGGUAUGACUGGAGAUGUUGCCUAACAUGUUUCCAAAAUCUCUCUUUGACUGGAGAAAUGUCAGGGUACUCUUUUCUAAAUCAUUAUGGCAAGUAUUAUGUAAGCAACAAAAUGCUUACCACCACUGUCCACUGUUUAGAACUAAAUCUAUAAACUUAUUUCCACCAUGUCCAAACUUUCCACUUGUCCCUGCAUUUAUCUGCUGCCAACCAAAAAGGUACAUCGUUAACCAAGCACCUCACCCCUACAAUGUGUCCGAAUUGGUCGUAAGUAUUAAAGAAAAGGCAACACACGUUGAUAAAAUGAUCGCCUCAGUUCCUGACAAAACUAUCUGUAGCUACAUCACUAUACUUGAAGGUCUCAACAUGCCCUUGGACGGGAUAAAAGCACUCUUAGGGGACAACCCGGAAUUGCUGAAGAUUCCUGUAAAAAAUUGGCAAAACGUUCUUAAGACACUGAAUGAUUAUGGUAUCAAAAACAAACCAAUGUUGAAAACUUUACACAACUAUCCCCUUAUUCUUGGCCAGAACCCUAAUCAAUUAAGUACCGUAUUUAACAGUUUACGGACGUUGAAGAUCUCUGAUAACAGCUUGAGGCAGAUGAUCACUCAUAACCCAGAGAUUGUGUCUUUUGAACCAAAUUUGUUGGUGAAGAGAGCAAGGGAAUUACAGACUCUGUUUAAAAUGGAUGAUGUUAUUUUAUUUAUCCGAAAGUCUCCGCACAUUCUCACCGAAGACUGGGAGAUGAUUAGGAAGAAAUUCAAUUAUGUUUUUUCCGAAAUGGGCAUCACACAACCACAGAUGAGAUAUUCAAAUCUCUUUCAUCAUUCCUUGGAUCAUAUCAGAACCAGGCAUCUUUGGGUGUACAGAACUGGUUUCUUCAAGAAAAGCAAACACAAAGAAGAGAAACAAUUGAAUCCUCGCCUUGAUACGAUUUUGGAUUUGUCUGACAAAGAAUUUGCAGAGAAAUUUGGGAAUAUGUCUAAGAAGGAUUACCAAACAUUUUGCAAAUUGCUACAACAAGAAAUUGAAGAUGACUACGAUGAUGACGAGGGUUAUGAUAGUGAUGAUGACGACGAUGAUGACGAUGACGAUGAGGAUGAUGAUGACGACGACGACGAUGAUGAUGAUGAUGAUAAAUGAUGAAUGGUAAUAAUGAUGGUG